AUGCCUGUCAAUAUCGGCUGUAUUCUCUCGCGAUUUUUCUCUUCCUUCUUUUCAAAAUUCCUUUGAGAAGGGAUUGUGCGUUAGUUACAUUUCGAACCUGGAAAGUAUAGAACAUGAUGUAAGUAAAGAUCGAUCAAAUGUUUCUGUCAGCGGCUUUAAUGAGAAAACAUUCUACUCUCAAUUUAAGUAACAGUAACGGAGUAUCGCUGAUGAUCCCCCACUCUUGGGUACAUAACGUAAUAACUAGAUAGCGAAAAAGAGAAGUCUUCGAGGAGAGCACGGAACAUACAUUUAUUCGCGCGAGACGAACGCACGGAGUUCGCUGCAUAAUACGGGAAAACCGCACAUGUUUAACACGAGACGUGACUGCGAAUGCAGUUGGAUGUUGUGAAUUGCUGUGAAUUGUUGUGACAAAAAUUGCAAGGAUAUGCAUGUUCGCAUGCGAGGCAAAUUACAUGCGUAAUUACAUGUUAAGCAAACGAAAUAUAAGCGGUACGUUCGGAGCAACGAUGUCUAUUGCCACACUGUAAAUUUCCAGAGACUUCCUCUAAUCUCCACCAUUCAGGAUAUCGAUAAUCGAAUUUUCGACUAAAUAUCGUGUGAAAUAGAAACCUAUGAAGGUUAAUUUGAAAAUCAAGGCAAAAUAUUUAUUCAUUUCGAAAGCUUCAACAAAAUCAUACAAUUUUCAACGUUAAAUAUCUCUAUAAUCAUAAUUUUACAUCCAAUUACAAUUAUCCAAUAUUGGAGAAACACAGACUCCGAGAAUCCAAUUCAAAGAAUUCAAAUAAUUCCGCGACACUCCGUAUAAAGAUUACCCUGCAUUGAUUCAAGUUCAUUGUCGGUGGAUUGACUGAAUAAGAAGAGCGUCACAGGAGAACUCGAUAAAAUAAUUGGUGCAACAAAUGGAACAUCAGAAGUUGUUAUCAGUUCGGCGAAUAUCUUGCGCAAAAACAACGCAAUUUCGCAAUCGUGUUUAUCUUUGCGACUGCGAGAGAUAAAGCAAUGAUCGCAUAUAUUUAGCAUGAAAGUUAGGUUUUGGGGAAUUGCCUACCGGCACCUCCCACUAUACUAAGCACAUAAGAACGGUAGUGGAAUUCAGUGCCGAUUAUGCAAUUAUUCGUAAUGUCUCGUCAUCGCAUAAAUAAUAACCUUUAAUAUUGUCUGUGAAAAACUAAAAAGGCAAAGAUUAAUCAUUAUGUAAUGUGAUAUGUAUAAUGUAUAAUUAUACAUAUGUCAAAUAUCUCUUAUGCGACGCUAAAUAUGACAAGGCGUGUAAAACUGGUGUACGCGAAGAGAAUGUCGAUUGUAGCUGCUAUAAUAGGACUCUUACUAUUGCGAGGAGCAGCAGCUGUACCAGCAUGGACCAUUGACAUUGCAUCUGAUAUAACUGUGCAUAUGAACAAUAUAGCAUCAGUUCCAUUCAUCAUAUCAUCUAAUGUUCCUGCAGAAUUAAGAUUGACAUUAGUGCCAAGUUCAAACAAUAAUGUCGCAAAAACAAGUAUACAUAUACUGGCGCAGAAUGAAACUUCUUUCAAUGGCAUUUUAAAUGUUACCGGUGUCUUCCUUGGUACAACAAAAUUGACGUUUGCUCUGAUAGAAAAUGAGAACAUAAAAUACAGUAAGGAUGUUUCCACUAUUACUGUAAUACGAGAGGAACGUACAAUAGAUACUAUAUUUACCAUUAGUGUCGCAGUGCUCGUAUCCAUUCUAUAUAUCAACUUUGGCUGUGCCAUGGAUUGGGAUAUAUGUCGCAAUACAUUGAAGAAGCCAAUAGGUCCAGCUAUAGGUUUUGUCUGCCAAUUUGUUAUCAUGCCAUUGUUAAGUUUUGUCAUUGGAUAUAUUUUAUUUCCUGGUCAGCCUGAACUGCAAAUAGGAAUGUUCUUCACAGGGAUAAGCCCGAGUGGUGGUGCUUCUAACAUUUGGACAGUAUUACUUGAUGGCAAUUUGAAUCUCUCGGUCACAAUGACAACAUUAUGUACCAUUGCUGCAUUUGGAAUGAUGCCAUUUUGGAUUUUCACAUUGGGCAGAUAUAUCUUUGCACAGGGAAAUCUCACAGUACCCUACCGCCAAAUUGGUACAUUUGUGAUUGGCCUUGUGAUUCCACUGGCUGUAGGAUUUUUCAUUCAAAAGAAACUUCCAAGGAUAUCAAAGAUAUUAAUACGAAUAAUGAAACCGUUUUCUGUGGUUCUAAUUCUGUUCAUCAUUAUAUUCGCUAUCUUAACCAACUUAUAUCUUUUUCAACUGUUUUCACUGAGGAUCAUCAUAGCAGGAAUGGGUCUGCCUUGGUUAGGCUUUUUGUUUGGUUUCAUAAUAGCAAAACUCUGCAAGCAACAUCAAGCUGACAUACGAGCCAUAGCCAUCGAAACUGGUAUUCAGAACACAGGUGUGGCCAUAUUUUUGUUACGAUUCACCUUACAGCCACCUGCUGCUGAUCUGACCACUGUGAUUCCUGUGUCUUAUGCGAUCAUGACACCAAUACCAUUAAUAAUUCUGUACCUCAUAAAGUUAGCUCAUCAGUAUAGGCAAAGAAAGAAGGCAAAAAAUGUAUCAAAUUUUAAUCCAUCAUUAAAGGAUCAGGCUAUAAUUACUCCUAACACCAUGCAGCCAAAUAUGUCUAAUAUGUUGAUUGAUCAUACGGAAUAAAGUAACAACAAGUUUUAUGAUGA